CCUAUCAAAAAUGAUCGAUUUGUAAUAAAUAAGCCACGUCUGGAUACAAUCGCUUAUUAUAUAUCAUCUGACAAGACUUUAAAAACAGAGUAUAACGAUAUACAUUCUGCGUAUGAUCGAAGUAUUUAUAAAAAAUUAAUAGAUAAUGGGGUCGAUGAGCUUUUGGCACGCCAUGUGUCUUAUUUAUUUAUUCGUGAUCCUCUUGUUGUCCUUGAAGAAUCAUUGCAUCAGGAUGAUGAAUCGUCAUCAAAUCAUUUUGAGAACAUUCAAUCAACAAAUUGGCAAACAGUACGCUUCAAACCUCCACCACCAAACUCAAAUAUUGGUUGGCGGGUAGAAUUUCGUUGCAUGGAAGUUCAAAUAACCGAUUUUGAAAAUGCUGCAUUC